UUUUCAUUUUUUCUCUUCUCACCGGAUGAAAUUGAAAAAUUAUGCUCAUUAAUCGGUCUGUUAUGUAAUUAAAGUCGAGUGUCGGUGUGGCUGUGACUAUGUUUACAUGAUACAUGUUAAGGUUACAAGGAGAGCUAAUAGAAAAAGGGUGGUCUCCUUUAGUUUUAAUGGGGAAACAUUUCAAAGUUUUGACCGAGCCUUGAGUUGCAAGACUUAGCUGAAGCAGAAGACUGAACGAGUAUUUGUAUAAUUAGUCGCCUUUCCAUAUAUGCUUGUCUACCUACUCGGCGAUAAUAUGUUGAAGAACUCAGAAAUAAAAUUCCACAUCCUAAGGUAAACCAAGUUUGUAAAAGAAACUAGAAAAUGAAGACUUCUGAAAUGAGAGAUUAUCAGAGGAGAAGGUUGAAGGCGUUUGUAAUCAAAUAGAAUUUUGAGUACACAGUAUGGAAGUUGAUACGAAUGUUGAAGUUUUAUAUGAUUUUGAGUAUUCACCAAAAGAUGGUCAGAAAGUGGUUAUCAAAGAAGGAGAAAAGCUUCUUUUAUUAAAAAAGACAAACAAGGAUUGGUGGCAAGUGAUAAGGAGUAUCGGGAGGCCUUUUUAUGUGCCUUCGACUUAUGUCAAAGUUCUCGGGGAAAAAGAUGGAGCAGUCAAGAAAAGGAAUAACAUCUCUUCAGCAUCCCCACCAAGAAAUUUUACAGUUAGUGUCAAUAUAAAGUCACCUGAUCAGAAGCCAAUCAAAACAAAAGUGAUGCUUAACUGCGAUGAAAUACCGACUGAUAGGGUAUCGGAGAGAUACGGUAGAAUCCCUUUUUCGAGCAGUUCGGAGUUGUCGAAAAAAAAGGAUACUCUGGCCGAAGCGAAUAUUCUAGAUGAUAACAUGUCCCCGUCUUUAGCCGAUCUGGCAAAAGAGAUAACAUUUAAGCCGAAACAAGAUAGGCUCAAGUACUCGGGGAGCUUCAAGACACGUUAUGAAAGGAAAAUGCCGUCGAGAUCAUUUUCUGGUUCGACACCUGACCUCACCUGUGAUAGUGAACCCUCCCCACCAGAUAUAAACCACACCAAGAGUGUCGAGCAACUUCCUGAUCUUGAAAACAAUGUUGUUCCAACGAAUAGACACAUCAGCAACAACAUCAGGUCACUCGCAGAAAAACUUGAGAGGAACAUGGCAAAAAGCUUCAACUCCUCGUAUGAAAACAACAAUCUAAAAGACAGCUCGGAUUCAGUUGGGAGUAGCAUCGGUGGUCAUGCUUCAGUCGAUACACUCGGUGCUUCAAGCUCAGAGAGUAUCGACAAACCUAAGAUACCACCUGUUGCAAAACCUAGACGAUUUCAACCAGUAUGGAGUACUACAUCGUACAACUUGCAGGCUCAAAAUGAAGUCAUCUAUGCCAACUGUUUGGAAGUAGCCAGGGAGAUGCAGCUGCGUAGCCCAUGCCGGCGAAACAGUGAGAAGGAUGAUUCUUCCGAAGAGAUGCCCACAAUGACAUCGCCUCCGAUUCCUCCGACAGGCUGGAGCACAUAUGUCGACACGGAAACGCAACAAACAUCUUACAUUCAUUCAUCGACUGGUGAAAAGUGGCAUUCUGCAAGUGAUCAUUCUGGUAGACUUUACUAUUUCAAAGAAAAUAGUUCAGAAUCGUCAUGGACUUUGCCAAAUCAGUCACCCCAGUCUUCCUACCACCAAAACCAAGAAGUACAGCCUCCUGUAAGCCCUCAGCCGUUACCCAGUGAUUUGGCCAAAUUCAAUAAAAUAAGCCAAAGCCAAGUUGAUGUCAUUGCUAGGAAGCAACGAACUGCCAAAGCACUUUCUCUCAUUGUUCCCAGCAAGAUUGAUGAAAAGGAAUUCACAAAUCAGAAGAACAAAUCAAGACUUCCAGAGGGUCUAAUUUCGGUCAUCAGCGAGGGCCCUCUGCACUUUACAAAAAUAGCUGAAGCUGGGAAACGUGUUAGAAAAAAUUGGAACCCCGUCUAUGUGGUUCUGACAGAAUUGUAUCUUUUUAUAUACAAAGACCUAAAAGCAUUUCAUUCACAUAAAACACCACCUGAAGUGACAAUAGACCUCCAGGGUGUUGAGGUCUGCAGUGGUGGUAGUGUUUCGGGCAGAAAGCACGUUUUGCUACUUUCAAACCAAUCGGGAUUUCAAAUCGCUCUUCAGUGUGAAAAUAUCCACAGCGUGCUACACUGGGGAACAAAAAUCCAAGAAACCGCAAAAGUCAUUCCUGAGAAAAUCAGCAACAAACUCGGCUCCAUAAAUGAAAACCCAGUAGAAGAACCAUCUAAAAAGGGCUCUAACAUCGGCCGGUCAAAAUCUGUUAACUUCAAAAACAAAGAUGACAGCACUGAAGACUUGGGUUCCCAGGCUGAACGGCAGGGCAAGAUUAAAGAAAGGUUGAAAAAGUUUUUCCAUAAAAGGCCGACAAUGGAUUCUCUGGUUAAAAAGGGCAUUUGGAAAGAUGAGCCUGUUUUUGGAUGCUACCUUGAGCAAGCCUGCGGUCACAGUAACACAGGACCCCAUGGAAAAGUGCCACUUUUUGUCGUCAAGUGCAUCGCAGCCAUCGAAUCCAGCGAGGAGAACAUGAAAGCCGUCGGUUUAUACCGAGCGUCAGGCAAUCUCAGCCAAAUCCAGAAAAUUCGGCUUCAGAUUGACCAAAACAACUACACUGGAUUGGCCAAAGAGGAAGACGUACACGUCCUCACCGGAGCUCUUAAACUAUUUUUUAGAGAAUUGAAAGAGCCUUUGAUCCCUUUUAAACUAUUUCCCAAAGUCAUCCAAGCAGGCACAACACAAAAUACAAAAGAAAAACUUAGCAUGUUUGUUGACUUUGCAAAAUCCCUUCCAGCAGUAAAUAGAGAUACACUCAAGUUCCUGCUACAACAUCUUCUAAGAGUGACACAAUAUCAGGAAUUCAAUAUGAUGCACAUCGCAAAUCUGGCAACUGUGUUCGGGCCUACACUUCUCUGGUCAGAGCAAGAAUCUCUGAACAUGGCGUUUGACCUAAUACAGCAGAACAUGGUGAUCGAUGCCCUUUUGAACAACUACCAUCAUAUAUUCAAGUAGUCUUCCUACCCCUUUUCCCCCAAAACUCCUUCCUAGAAAGCAGAACGAAAAGACUAGAAAUUGUUGCCUCAGUACUAAAGAGAAAAAUAUUAAAUAAAGCUUUAUUUUAGAAAAAUCCUUUAGAAAUUUUAUAAUAAAAAGAAAAAAUCAUGUGAAAAAUAAUUUUAAAAUCAGACAAGACACUAGUCGUCAACAAAUGUUAUAUCAUCCAAUGUUGCUUUUUUGGGUAAUUUUAUUUUCUAAAAUAUUGCUUUCCAUAAAAAUUUAAAAUAAUAUUGAAGAAAAAGAAAAGGAAAGGCCGACCAAAGAGUAGUUAAGUAGCUUUGAAUCAGCUCAAAAAUACGUAUUUAAUUGAAACUUUUAGAGCCAAGUUCCUUUUGAAUUGUUAUGAAUUAUCAACGAAAAUUUGCUGUGACUACAUUUCGCAUACUCAAGCCAAUCAUUUGUUUCACAUGAGUGAUAUUUUUUUAGAGUAUAUUAAUUGAUGGAGAAAGGAAAAUGUUUUUAUUAUUGUCAUUCCAAAUAUAAAUUAUAUAAUUAUGUUAAAUUAUUGUUUUUGUCACACACAACUUAUGUUAUUUUAGUCAUGAUAGUUUAAGUGUAAAGUUAAACAAGCUAGCUUGAAAAUGUUUAUUAGCAAAGCUAAAGAGUGAGAUGUCUGUAUAUAGCUUUAAAAAAACAGAAAACGAAAAAAAAAACUGUAAAAUUAAAUUCUAUUAAGUAAAUAUGUAGAGCUAUUUUAUGAAAAAUAUAUAAACGUUAAAAUAUAUAUCAUGUAUAUUUUUAAAUGCACAUGUAAUAAAUAUAAAAACUGAUAUAUAACGAUAUUUGAAACUAAGUGGCUGUUGUAUGAUAAGUUUUAAAGAAAGUAUUAUUUGUGUACCUAUUAAGCAAAAAUAUAAAUCCAAUAAGCUUAUGUAUAUGUAAUAAAGUUUGUGCAAGAUAAUUCUUGUACCGGUUAUCAGUACAUUACAAAUUGUUAUAGUUUGAGAGAACAUUAUAAAUAUAUAUGAAUACAUUGUUAUCAAUUUAAAAA